UUGGUCGCCGGAGGUGUCGUUGGUGUGUUGCGCGGCUAGACCUGAGUGGACUGGGGCCUGCACCCGGGAAUACAACGGAAUGUCGAUCGAAAUCGAAUCCUCUGAUGUGAUCCGUCUGAUCAUGCAGUACCUGAAGGAGAACAGUUUACACCGGGCAUUAGCCACCUUACAGGAGGAGACUACUGUGUCUCUGAAUACCGUGGACAGCAUUGAGAGUUUUGUGGCUGACAUUAAUAGUGGCCACUGGGACACUGUUUUACAAGCAAUACAGUCUCUGAAAUUGCCUGACAAAACCCUCAUUGACCUCUAUGAACAGGUGGUUCUGGAAUUGAUAGAGCUCCGUGAAUUGGGGGCAGCCAGGUCACUUCUGAGACAGACCGACCCUAUGAUCAUGUUAAAGCAGACGCAGCCAGAGCGGUAUAUUCAUCUGGAGAACCUCUUGGCCAGGUCUUAUUUUGAUCCUCGUGAGGCAUACCCAGAUGGAAGUAGCAAAGAGAAGAGAAGAGCAGCAAUUGCCCAGGCCUUAGCUGGGGAAGUCAGCGUGGUGCCUCCAUCUCGUCUCAUGGCAUUGCUGGGACAGGCACUGAAGUGGCAGCAGCACCAGGGGUUGCUUCCUCCUGGCAUGACCAUAGAUUUGUUCCGAGGCAAAGCAGCUGUCAAAGAUGUGGAAGAAGAAAAGUUUCCUACACAGCUGAGUAGGCAUAUUAAGUUUGGUCAGAAAUCACAUGUGGAGUGUGCUCGAUUUUCUCCAGAUGGUCAGUAUCUGGUCACUGGGUCUGUUGACGGAUUCAUUGAAGUAUGGAACUUCACAACUGGAAAAAUCAGGAAGGAUCUUAAGUACCAGGCCCAGGAUAACUUUAUGAUGAUGGAUGAUGCUGUCCUCUGCAUGUGCUUCAGCAGAGAUACAGAAAUGUUAGCAACUGGGGCCCAAGAUGGAAAAAUCAAGGUUUGGAAAAUUCAGAGCGGACAGUGUUUGAGGAGAUUUGAAAGGGCACACAGUAAAGGUGUCACCUGUCUGAGCUUUUCUAAGGACAGCAGUCAGAUCCUUAGUGCCUCUUUUGACCAGACAAUUAGAAUUCAUGGUUUAAAAUCUGGGAAAACCCUGAAGGAAUUUCGUGGUCAUUCUUCCUUUGUUAACGAAGCAACAUUUACACAGGAUGGGCAUUAUAUUAUCAGUGCAUCCUCUGAUGGCACUGUAAAGAUCUGGAAUAUGAAGACCACAGAAUGUUCAAAUACUUUCAAAUCUCUGGGCAGCACAGCGGGGACAGACAUCACUGUCAACAGCGUGAUUCUGCUCCCCAAAAACCCAGAGCACUUUGUGGUGUGCAACAGGUCGAACACGGUGGUCAUCAUGAACAUGCAGGGGCAGAUUGUCAGAAGCUUCAGCUCCGGUAAGAGAGAAGGUGGUGACUUUGUUUGCUGCGCCCUCUCUCCCCGAGGUGAAUGGAUCUACUGUGUGGGGGAGGACUUUGUGCUCUACUGUUUUAGCACGGUCACUGGCAAACUGGAGAGAACUUUGACAGUUCAUGAGAAGGAUGUGAUUGGUAUUGCACAUCAUCCUCACCAGAACCUGAUUGCAACCUACAGUGAAGACGGACUGCUCAAACUCUGGAAACCCUAAUUUAACUUUUUUCUUUUUAUUAGCUUGAGAGCAUGUACUUAAAUGAAGACAUAUUCCUGUGAUGCUUUUUUUUUUUUGGGGGGGGGGCGCUUUUCUGAGUAAAUUGUCUGAAUUAGGCACAAGAAUAAUUUUGUGAAAAUUCAUGUUUAAGUGGCAGUUACCCUUUUUAAUAUAUUUUUAAGGUAUUCAUUUGUUUCUGAUUGAGGUAGUCACUUAAUGUUUUCAAUAGUCUUUUACCUGGAAAGUGGAAUAAGUGCUAUUUCUAGGGGAAAAAAGUAAUCCUUUGAUUAUUGAAAUGCUGAUUAAAAUGUGCCUCCUUGCAGUAAACUUGUAAAUAAGGGACUAUUCCAUAUUCAAUAGCUGUUUUUUUUUUUUUUAGAUUAUAAUAAACUUUACAACUUUCCUGGGGCUUUGUUUUUAAAUGUAAAUAAAUGCUCCUCUAGUUAACAUAUUUACUUAGAAUCUAGUGAGGUGGGUGGGACAUGGACAUUAUUAUGCCUGAAUCUUAAAUACAGCAGGGAGUCAGCUCCUGGGUGGGAGAGGAGACUGUACAGGAAAAGGUUUGACUUUUCCACCCAUUUUUAUUAGCUGUGCCUUCUCCCAUGUUCUGGCCAACCAACCUUACCGGUGGAACUAGUUGCAGGGUCCGUUAUAGGAAUUCAGUUUCGGCACCUCCUCUUCGUUGAAGGAGGGUUCGGCAUUACAAAUGUGCUAUUGUUCUGAAGAAAAGGAACUGAGAUUUAGAAAAGUCUUUUUUGCCAUGUGUGUCAUUCCAGGUAGCUAAAGAAAAUUAAAAGCCAAGAAACCCUUGAAAAUA